UAGGUUUUCAGGCUUCCUCUCCAUCAGGGCCGAUGCCCCCCUCCACCCUCCAGGCUCUCAGUGUGCUGCCAAACGAAGUAUGAGAGGAAGAGGAGGAGGAAGAGGGAAACAUUAACGGGAGGAGGAAGACGCGGAGGGAGGAGGCGGAGGAGCGUGUGGCCGGGAUGAGAGUAUUUAUAGGAGGAGAGAUGAGGCGGCGGCGAGGAGAGCCGGAGGAUCCGACACAAUAAGAGGAGACAAAGGAGGAGGAGGAGGAGGAACCAUGCUGCGGAGGAAGAGGAGCGUGUCCUUCGGCGGCUUUGGAUGGAUUGAUAAGUCGACGAUCAGCACGCUGAGAGCCCGUAAGCAGGACCAGCUGACCCUCCCUAAUGUCCCGGUGGAGGACCGCCUCCCGUCGCCCCCCCGCACGGCGCCGCCCACCAUGAAGUCGGCUCAUUUCUUCGACAUGAUGGACAAGAUGGAGCAAGUACCAGAAGCUGUUGAGAUGAAGACAGUCCCUCUGAGACAGAAGGAUGAUUACAUUCCUUAUCCCAGGAUCGAAGAGGUGUUGGAGAGGGGGCCCCCGUACCCGCAGGUCAUCCUGCCGCAGUUUGGAGGCUAUUGGAUAGAGGAUCAAGAGGCUCCGCCCCCUUCAGAGGCCCCGCUUCCUAAGGCCACGCCUCCAGAUGCUCCACCCAUUCAGGCUCCACCCCCACCAGAGGCCACGCCUCCCGAGGCUCCGCCCCCUUCCUCCUUGCAGUGCAGCGGUUUAGAGGUAGAGGAUGGAGGAACAAAGGAGGCAGAAGGUUCUGCCCCAGGGGAUUAUGGGUAUCACCUGGAGGAGAUCAACGAGGCAGCACGCGCGUACAGGAACCACUUCCUGGGCAGGGAACAUCUGAACUUCUUCUGCCCAGUCAGCAGUUUGGGAAACCUGCUGCUGUCUGUGAGACACGAGGAGGAGAAGGAACACGAAUACCUGCACGUCAUCAUCAGGUCUCGUCUGAAAAGCGUCUACCACAGAUUAUCUCUGGCGGAGCUGCCGGACAUCCCCAGCGUUCCGGAGCUGGCCAAGCUUGUGUGCGACGAAGCGGCCUCCCUGCGGUUCAGUCCGGUCCUCUACCCCAAGGCGUCUCAGCUCAUCGUCAACUACGACGAACACGAAGUCAACAACACCUUCAAGUUCGGCGUCGUCUACCAGCGCUUUGGACAGGUGUCAGAGGAGGAACUGUUCACCAACAACCAGGAGUCUCCGGCUUUCUCCGAGUUCCUGCAGCUGCUGGGAGAAACGGUGGAGCUGCAGGACUUUAAGGGGUUCCGGGGCGGGCUGGACGUGUCCCACGGCCAGACGGGGUCCCACUCCGUCUACACCGUCUACAGAGGUCAAGAGGUCAUGUUCCACGUCUCCACCAAGCUGCCGUUCACCGAGGGAGACGCGCAGCAGCUGCAGAGGAAACGCCACAUAGGAAAUGACAUCGUGGCGGUGGUGUUCCAGGAAGAGGCCACGCCCUUCGUCCCCGACAUGAUCGCCUCCAACUUCCUGCACGCCUUCAUCCUGGUGCAGGUGGAGGAGACGCGCUCGGACAGCGCCACCUACCGGGUUUCCGUCACGGCGCGAGAAGACGUCCCGCCGUUUGGACCGCCGCUGCCGAACCCGGCCGUCUUCAGGAAGGGUCCGGAGUUCAGGCAGUUCCUUCUCACCAAGCUCAUCAACGCGGAGCUGGCCUCCUACAAGAGCGAACGUUUCGCCCGACUGGAGGAGCGGACCCGCUCCGCCCUACUGGACGGCCUGCUGGACGAGCUGCACAGACGCUCCCAGUGCAUGCUGGGAUUGGGCUUGGGCAUGGAGGAAGAGGGCCGGGGUGAGAAUGGCCACGCCCACGGAGGGCUGCUGGAGUCCAUCAAGAGAGCAAUGAAGGGGCGGAGCGUAUCCAUGGAAACCAUGUCGCGCGGUGGGGCGGGGCUGCCCACCAGUCUGAGUGGGGGUGGUCUGGCCCACCUGAGCAUUGAGGGCAACGUGAAGUCUCCGGUGAAGCGGCGCUCAGGCCUGUUCCCCCGCCUGCUGAGCAUCGACAGCCAGACAGACAAACACAGCCACAGGAGCCUCCUCAGUGAGCAGCGCAGCUUCGACUGUUCCCACCCCAUGCUGGAGGUGAGGUCUGAGCUGCCGUCCAAUCCCAGCUCUCCAGAGGCGGGACAACGCGACAGGAUUCAUCCGAAGAAGGAGAGCAGUAAGAUUUCCAGAUCCACAUCCAGCACCUGCAGCUUCAGCAUUCCCUCUAACGACGCUCACCUGACUGCGCCGUCUGAGGUUUCCUGUCCCCUGAUCGUCUGCCGCAGCCCCACAGAACUGAAAAACAAGAACUCUCCCAGAUCCAACCUGAAGUUUCGCUUUGAUAAGCUGACUCACUCUGCUGCUCAGGGAAACUGAACUCAGGAGGUUCUGGCAGAGAAACUACGUGGAGGUGCUGCCUUCACACCACCAGGACCAGGAGGACGGACUGAACCGGACCAAACCGCAUCAUCACCAACACCUUCCCGGUUCCUGAUGCGCCGCUGGUUCUGCCUGAUGUCACUAAAAUCCGUGGAUCGACCAUGGAGACCCAGUUCCACCUACAGACAGCUUCUGUUAUUUUAACCAAUGAACGCUUUGAAGUUUUUUUGUUUUCCUUGUUUCCUUCUGGAUGAAGACGGGAGUCACGGACAGAUUUCCUUUUCAGGGAAUGUUACAGGUGUUUUCCUCACUGAUCAGUGAAAUGGUUCCGAGUCGUUCGGAGAUCGGAUCCAGCUCUGUCCUUCCAGCUGGUUGACCUUCUCUGCCCUCCUCUUCCUCAGGGUAGCUACGCCCUGCUUUAAGUUCUGAUUAAGUCCAGUGGACCUGGUGAGACCACUGAGGCUGACUGAGGACCUCUAGAGGCCAGAAUUAGGAACAGUCAAAGCAAACCCAAUUGUAGAGACGGUCCAAUUAAAUAGAAACUGGAAUUAUGUCUGAAAUCUAUUUUUAAUUUAAUUCAGUUUAUUUAUUCAGCACCAGAGUACUAGUUCUGUCACAUAAAAAAACAGUUGUUCAGAUUCCAGGUAAGUCCAGAUCCAGUUCGGAUCAAUCCGGUUCAGAUCCACACACAGUCAGAACCAGGACUCAUCAUAACAGAUCAAUCAAAGCCAACUGGUGAGAAGGCAUCAGCUGUUUGGACCAAAUCAUCGCAGCGAUCCCGCCUCCUCGGUGACCAUGUGGCGACAGUGGAGAGGAACAGGAAGUAAUCCUCCAGCUGGUAUGCAGGGCCAGGUGUACUUUCUAUGUUCAGCAAAAAAUAGUCACGGCAGUCUUCAGAGGCUAACAUGUAGUCAGCAAGCUAACCUACAACCUACAGUUGCUAGCUAAAUAUUUACCUUUGACCUAUUUAUUUAGCUUGCUAAUGUGAUAUUUAGUUUGGAGCUAAAUAUUAGCAAGCUAAAUAUUUAGAUUGCUAACUCACUAUUAGAAAACUAAGCUACAGUUGCUAAUUAAGUUUACCUUGGAUCUAUUUAUGUAGCUUGCUAACUCAGUAUAGAGCCAAAUAUUUAGUUUUUUCUGAAAGGUUUUUUGCUGAAACGCCUGCCGCUGUGUGACUGGUGCUUCGUGGAAAUGUUCUGAUCCAGAGGGUCGGGGUAGAGGUCAGAAACCAGGCCUGCAGUGAGACUUUCAGGCUGUUUUCUUUGUUCCUUCAACCAGAACCGGACUGAACGUUUGCUGUGACAUCACUGUGAGUUUUUGUUCUCUAACUGGAAACCUAAAGAUAAAAAACACAGAUUGUCUCUGCUCAUCGUUUUCUGUCUGAUCACCGUCAGGAAAUGUGAAAAAUCCGUGACAGCAGGUUUUCCUUCAGACAUUCCAGUUCUCUUGACCCUGAAUGCACCGUGUUGAGUUUAAGGUCCCAGCAGAAGUCAGUGGCUUCUCUUCAUGUCUCUCAGUGGAUGUUUACUUCUGAAUCUGAUGAUACCUUCACUGCCGUUUGAGUCAACAUCACUGACGUCCCUCAGCUCUCUGGUUAUUGUUCUCUGUAUGAAGAUUCAAAAUAUCCCGUUUAAAACUAAAAUCAGUAUUUGCACUAAAGCUGUUUCCUCGUUGUUUCAAGUCUUGUUCCAAGUUUUUAAAUAAAAGUCAAAGUUUUAUUUUGUCAGGGACCAACUGAUGCUGCAGAAACACAACGAUGUCAGUCACCUGUAUGUUUCGUCUUGAAGGAAAACUGUGACAUGAAAACCUGAAGCUAUAAAGUUUCUGAAUCGUUUGCACUUUGA